AAAUGAAGGAAAGGUUCGUUGCAUUCCUUACCGCAUUUUUGAACUAGGUAAACGUUGGUGUGAAAGGAAUAAUUGUUUUUUUUUGGUGCGGAACCUUUUUCAUUUUUAAGAUUUGCUAGAUAUUUUUUGCAAAUAGUGUUUCGUGCACUGUACUGUUAAGCAAUAUGUCGCAUUUCAACAAUAAAGAAAAUAGGAAAGUAGUCCUGCAGCCUACAUUUCAGAGUCGACAAACGAAUUCAAAUGCACCAAAAGUUGGAGCUACAGUGCACGCAAUAAAUCAAUUCAAACCUCCUCCGCCACCAGUAAACUCAAAAGUUCAAAAACCAGUUGUGCCGAUCCAAACUGCAUUGAACAGAGCUAAAUUCUUCAAUCCAGAUUCGUUGGAAGAUAAUUCACCCCCACCGACUGCAGACACACAAUUUAAGGUUCCAACGAUUAUUGUUAAUAAACCAAAACCAGAGGCACCGAAAGCUGUUCCAGGAUCUUCACAGAGCUCGACCAAUUUGCCCCCAAAACCAGCAACCACUGCUGCUUCAUCGUCUAAUUCCGGAAAAAAAAUUUGGACUUUAGCCAACUUUGACAUUGGCCGUCCACUAGGUAAAGGGAAAUUUGGAAACGUCUAUUUAGCCCGAGAAAAAGAAACUAAAUUUGUGAUAGCACUCAAGGUGCUUUUUAAGAAGCAGGUGCAUACCCAAGGUAUUGAACACCAGGUUCGACGAGAAAUUGAAAUUCAAUCCCAUUUACGCCAUCCCAACAUCCUAAGAAUGUACGGAUACUUCCAUGAUGAAAUCAGAAUUUAUCUUAUACUAGAAUACGCUCCGGGAGGUACACUGUUCAGCAAACUGCAAUCUACACCGGGAAAUAAAUUCCCAGAAAAGCAGUGUGCAAUCUACAUAAACAUGCUUGUUUCGGCUCUGAUUUAUCUACAUGAGCGUAACGUAAUUCAUCGGGAUAUAAAACCAGAAAAUUUACUUCUCGGCCAUGGUGGCGAACUGAAGAUGGCUGAUUUCGGAUGGUCAGUACACGAACCAACGUCUACGCGGACAACAUUAUGCGGUACUUUAGAUUACUUAUCUCCUGAGAUGGUUCAAGGGCAGCCACACACGAAAAAUGUUGAUCUCUGGAGUCUUGGAGUGUUGGCUUACGAGUUGUUGGUAGGUCAUGCACCUUUUCAUGCGGCCGCCUAUGAUGCAACCUACACCAAAAUCAUGAAAGUUCGCUACGAAAUGCCUCCUGAUGUAUCCCGUUCCGCAGCGCAUCUGAUUUCGCGCUUACUGGUUAGAGACCCUGCUCAACGAAUGCCGCUGGAACAGGUUAACAAGCAUCCGUGGAUUCUACUACACGUCGAUCAACCAAGAAAUUGAGCAACUUGUGAACUUGGUUUUUUAUUGUGUAUGUUUUUUUGUUUGGGCAACGACUAGCCUUUUUAUGUUUUAUUUUAAAUACAAGUGAAAUAAUUGAUAGGCCAUCCUAGAAGCGUGAAUAAAUAGAUAAAAGAUAAUGUCAAACGAUCAAA